GCACACACACAGACACCACUCGCUCCUCCGAUCCUUCCUAUAAAUCCACCCCAGUACGCAGCAGCAGUACACCUGCCUCCCAAACCCAAACCCAAACCCAAACGCCAAAACCAUCCUAGCUUAGCCUGACACCCCCAAGCUAGCACCAACAUCACCAUGCCGACCUCCGGCGGCCACGUCGCCGUCGACGUCGCGGACCCGGCUUCCGCGGCGGCGGCGGCUUCCCUCCCACCGGUGCCGUACGUGCUGUCCUUCACGGACCUCUCCUACAGCGUCAAGAAGCCCCGGGGCCCCACCGGCCAUCUCCUCCCGCCCCGCGGCAGCAACCGCCUGGCCUCCGCCACGGACUCCCCCUUCCCGUCCUCUCUCACGCCGGCCUCGAACACGAAGGCCCUCCUCUCCGGCAUCUCCGGCUCCGCAGUCAGCGGCGAGCUCUUCGCGAUCAUGGGGGCCAGCGGCUCGGGGAAAUCCACCCUGCUCGACGCGCUCGCCGGCCGCAUCUCCCGUGACAGCCUCCACGGCGCCGUCUCCCUCAACGGCGAGCCGCUCCACGGCCGCCGCCUGCGGGCCAUCUCCGCCUACGUGAUGCAGGACGACCUCCUCUACCCGAUGCUCACCGUCCGGGAGACGCUCCAGUUCGCCGCCGAGUUCCGCCUCCCGCGCUCCCUGCCCAAAUCCAAGAAGCGGGCCCGCGUGGACGCCCUGAUCGACCAGCUGGGCCUGGCGCGGGCCGCGGACACCGUCAUCGGCGACGAGGCCCACCGCGGGGUGUCCGGCGGGGAGCGCCGCCGCGUGUCCAUCGGGGUCGACAUCGUCCACGACCCGAUCCUCCUCUUCCUCGACGAGCCGACCUCCGGGCUGGACUCCACCAGCGCGUUCAUGGUGGUCCAGGUGCUGAGGAACAUCGCGCAGAGCGGGAGUGUGGUCGUGAUGACGAUCCAUCAGCCGAGUGCGAGGAUCCUGGCGAUUCUGGACAAGCUCAUGCUGCUCUCCCGUGGGCGGACUGUGUACGCGGGGAGUCCGGCCGGGUUGAAGCCCUUCUUCUCCGAGUACGGCGAGCCGAUCCCGGACAACGAGAACCCGGCCGAGUUCGCGCUCGACACCAUCCGCGAGCUCGAGCGCCAGGAGCCCCACGGGUCGUCCCCGCUCGCGGAGUUCAACGCCACGUGGCAGGCCGCGCACAGCUCGCUCGUCGUCCCCGCCAACAAGGCCGCCACCCCCAUGUCGCUGGAGCAAGCCAUCGCCGAGAGCGUCUUCCGCGGCAAGCUCGUCGCCGGCAGCACUUCAUCCUCGUCAACAACAACAUCGUCUCCAUCAUCAUCGGUGCCGACGUACGCGAACCCGCUGGCAAUCGAGGUCUGGGUGCUGAUCAAGCGCUCAUUCACCAACACGCGCCGCCUGCCGGAGCUCUUCUGGAUGCGGCUGGCGACGAUCAUGGUGACCGGCUUCAUCCUGGCGACGAUCUUCUUCCGGCUCGACGACACGCCCAAGGGGGUCCAGGAGCGUAUGGGGUUCUUCGCCAUGGGGAUGUCCACCAUGUUCUACGUCUGCGCCGACGCGCUGCCGGUGUUCGUCCAGGAGCGCCACAUCUACCUCCGGGAGACGGCGCACAACGCCUACCGCAGCGCCUCCUACGUGCUGGCCAACGCCGUCGUCUCCUUCCCGCCGCUCGUCGUCCUCGCGCUCGCCUUCGCCGUCACCACCUUCUUCGCCGUCGGGCUGUCCGGCGGCGCGCCGUCCUUCGGCUUCUUCGCCCUCAUCAUCCUCGCUUCUCUCUGGGCCGGGAGCGGCUUCGUCACGUUCCUCUCGGCCGUCGUGCCGCACGUCAUGCUCGGCUACACGGUGGUUGUGGCGAUCCUGGCAUACUUCUUGCUCUUCUCCGGGUUCUUCAUCAACCGCGACAGGAUCCCGGAUUACUGGAUCUGGUUCCAUUACAUCUCGCUCGUCAAGUACCCGUACCAGGCCGUGCUGCAGAACGAGUUCGGGGACGCUGCGAGAUGCUUUGCGAGGGGCGUGCAGAUGUUCGACGGGACCCCCAUUGGGGGAUUGCCGGAGUCGGUGAAGAUGAAGGUGCUCGGCGCCAUUGGGAACACGCUGGGGACCAAGCUCACGGCGCAUACUUGCGUUACUACCGGCGCUGACGUGCUGGCGCAUCAGGCAGUCACUGAUAUUGGGAAGUGGAUGAGUUUAUUGGUGACUGCCGGGUUUGGGUUCUUCUUCAGGGCGCUCUUCUACGUCGUCUUGCUCCUCGGCAGCAAGAACAAGAGGAAGUAGAUUGAUAGAGCUCGGCCUUUUUUAUCGAUCCAUCAAUGGAGAUACAUGUAUGUAUGUAUACAUGGUAUUGAUUUGUUUUUCUUUUCUUUUUUGUUGAGUAGACCGAACGGGUAAUGUAUGUGAAUUGUUCAGUUUUAUUGUUUUGUUAUAAAUACGUCAAUACAUACAUAUAUACGUUACAUUCAUGUGUUA